CCAGACAAGACAACCCAGAGCCACAUAUGCAUUACACAGUGCAGUAAUCAGCCGAUUAGCCGAAACUGAUUUUACACGAUCGAGUAGCUCGCCGCGACUUUUGAUCGGGGGACUAGCCUGCCAGCGAUCGAGUCCAGACUCGAGAGACAUCAGCCAUGAGCAAGAGAGGCAGGGGCGUGUGGGACGUGGAGCUGGGCAGCUUCGACACGGCCCGCCUGCUCAUGCUCCUCGAGCAGCAGCAGCACCACCAGCGCGGCGUCGCCGGGGCGCCGCAGGCGAUGGGCGGCGGCCGCAUGUUCGAGUGCAAGACGUGCAACCGGCAGUUCCCCACGUUCCAGGCGCUCGGAGGACACCGCGCCAGCCACAAGCGCCCCAGGCUCCAGCACCCACCCCCGCAGCACGCACUCGUCGGCGUCGGCGACGACGCAGCGCUCUGCCUCGGCCGCCGGGCGCCCCAGGCGCCGCCGCAGCCGCCCAGGCCAAGGGUGCACGAGUGUCCCGUCUGCGGGCUCGAGUUCGCCGUCGGCCAGGCGCUGGGCGGGCACAUGCGCCGGCACCGCGUCGAAGCCGAAGCUGUGGCCGGGGCCAGCGCCACGAGCAUCAAGGCAGCGGCGACGACCGAGAUGGUGGUGGCCUCGUGCGACGACGGCGGGAUCUGCCUGGACCUGAACCUGACGCCUUCGGAGAACUGCGCCAAGUGCAGGAGCGCGGCGGCGCUCGUCGCCGCUACCGGGCAGGGUGUACAUAAGGCGCUGGGCGGGCACAUGCGCGGGCACCAAGCCGAGGCCGAGGCCAAGGCCCACGCAUCGAGCGGGAAGGAAUGUUGGGAUAAGAUGGGAAAAAGGCCAAGAUACUUGCAAUUAGAUCCUUGUGGCAGAUUGGAAGAUUCUGAUAUCUCCAUUUCAAUUUGUUGAUUGAUGGUUUAAUGAAAGUGCAAUGGCCCGUUGCACACUAAUUGUAAUAUGCCACUUUAACAAACAAGAACAAAAUUUCCUCACACAAUUGGACUAUGCGUCCAUCAUUCUUAAUUCUAAUUCUGUUGGCCUAUUA